AUUGUUGUUGCCCCUAUCUCUCUGUCUCUCUUUUUCUUAAAUAACCAUGUCCAGGUUGACCAUUGCAACAAAGUCACUAUGUCAAGCAGCAGCAACUCAGUCUAGACGACUUAUUCACACUUCUGUACCAACCUUGUCUCAUAUUGGACGUAAACCAAUCACAUACUCUCAAGAGAUCAAGAUUGAACAUGACUUGACACCUAUCCUUGAACCUCGCAUUCCCUCUGAAUUAAACAACACAACACUCACAGUCACUGGACCACUUGGAAAGCAACAAUUGCCAAUAAAACCCUUUGUCAAGCUUAACUUUGAACCAGCGCCCAAAGAUGAUCCUAAUGCCGAAAACACACUUCAAGUGACAAUUGAAGAUGAAAAAGAAAAGAAACAAAAGGCAAUGUGGGGAACAACUCGUGCAUUGAUUAAUAAUGCAAUUGUUGGAGUAUCAGAUGGAUAUAAAGUUCAUUUACGUCUCGUCGGUGUUGGUUACAGAGGUGCACUCGAGAACAACAAUAGAACCUUAUCCCUAAAGCUUGGUUACUCUCAUCCUAUCCUCAUGGACUUACCAGAGGGUGUUUCAUGCGCAGUGCCUCAACCUAAUCGUAUUGUACUGCAAGGUAUCAAUUUACAACAUGUGACUGAAUUUGCUGCAAAGAUUCAGCGCUGGAGAAAGCCUGAACCUUAUAACCAAAAGGGUAUCUUUAUUAACGAUGAGACAAUCAAGAAGAAGGAAGGAAAGAAGAAAUAAAUAACACAAAACCAUUUGUGCGCAUGUAGUUAAUAGUAGCAUAGAGACAAAAAGUAAAUAAAUCCCC